GACACGUGGCUGGCCGCCGUGCGCUCGUAGUCCCAUCCGACUCGCUCCCCCUACAAAAACCAAUUUUCCGCUCCCAUUUAUUCCGGAAAAAAAAUCUGCGAAAAAUCCUCCUUUUUGUUUAGCGUGGGGCGCAAGAGCAAGCUGUAAGCAGAUUAGAGGGGCACGAAGGUCGCCUCUGCUCUGCUCUCUCCUCAGUCCUGUUCUGCUCUCUCCUAGUCCUCGAAUUCGGCUUCCUCUGCUGCGGUGUUCUGCUCAUGUCUCGGUUUCAGACGUGAGAUUUGGAGCAGUGGACACCGAAUUCUUGGGUUUCUUGGCCGCUGCAAUGUUAUGGCGCUUGGGGCAUGUAGAGCCUGAAUUCUGUGAUGACGGGGGAGUUCGCGUCUUGGGGAAAUUUUUCUUCUUUCCCUUUUCCUAGCUGAGAAAUCUGGUGAUGUUUGGUGCUCGCCGAGCCGAAGAACGUAAUCGUUCGUUGGUGUGUUGUCUGUAGCUGAAUUUUUGGCCAUUGAGAAGCGUUCUUCCUCGGGGAAUCCGUGGGAAGAAGCGGUGUCCGACGGAGACCCAUGGCUUCUAGGGAUUUCCUGGGAGGGUUUGGCCGGGAUGGAGGGCAAGCGCCUGCGGGUGGCGCCGCCGCAAGGACCUGCGGGGAGUCGGACGGGAUCGAGCUCAGCCUCGGCCUGUCCCUCGGCGGCUGCUUCGGCGCCGACCCGUCGCAGGACGGGAAGGAGCUGCGGCUCCAGCGCUCGUCCUCCAUCGCCUCGAUCUGCUCCUUGCCUCCCACCAGCUGCGGGGCGCAGGACGCCGCCGCCGCCGCCGCUACCGCGCCUCCGCCGGACCAGCUGCUCCGCACCUCCUCUCUCCCCGCCGAGUACAUGGAGGACCGGCUCCGCCGCCGGGCGAUGCAGAGCCAGCGACGCCUCGAGGCCAAGCGCAAGCGCCUCGAGCGGCGGAACUCGAUGAACUCGGGCAGGCCAGUUCCGGCGGCUGGUGGUGGCGCCGCCGGCCGCGACGAAGGGCUUGAUCACACCGUGCCCAGUGGCUUCCAGCUCCGCCGUACCGUCGCCGCCUUGACGACGGCGGGUUCGGCAACGCCAAGCCGGCCGCCGCAAGGACUGGCUGAACGCCGCGCAGAGGCGAGCAGCCCGGCGGCCGCUCCCACGUCGUCGGACGGCGUGAGCGCCGGGCAGAGCAGCAGCUCCCUUGUCCCGAAGGAGGCAACAACCGCGGGAGGAAGGCCGUCAUUGGAUGGCGGCGCGGCCCGCCACGAGCAGCCGCCGCCACCGGCGCCGCUGCGCACGCUGCGGUCGCUGACGAUGCGGACGGCGAGCACGGGCGACCUCCGGAACACCAUGGCGGAGGACAUGCCGAUGGUGUCGUACAAGGCGGCGGAGGGCCCCAGCGCCAGCGGCGGCGGCCGGAAGAUCGACGGGUUCCUGUACAAAUACAGGAAGGGAGAGGAAGUAAGGAUCGUGUGCGUCUGCCACGGCAGCUUCCUCACGCCCGCCGAGUUCGUCAAGCACGCCGGUGGCGGCGAGGUGACCAACCCGCUGCGCCACAUCGUCGUCAACCCGCAGCAGUCGGUGUUCUUGUAGCGCCAGGGUCGCGGAGCUGAAGCUAGAGGCUGAAAGUUUCAGAGGAGCAGAUGAGGCAGACGAAGACGCUUAAACCUUCUUGGACGGAAACGGAUUGAUGCUUAAACCUCUUUGGACAGAAACGGGUUGAAGCUUAACUUAUUUUGGCAGGAGCAUGUUGAAGCUUAAAACCGUUUGAAGAGCAGACAGUGUUGAGAUAGCAGAUGAGCAGACGAAGAAGUUUAAACCCUUUUUUUUUGUUUUUUUUUCGUUUAUUGGUACUCAUAUGAUUAGUACUAGUAGUUAAUUAUAUGCUAGCUAUUCCCUGCGUUCUUCCCGAUCGAGUGAAGGACGCAGGGCUGGAGAGCAGGAUGCUGCUGUAAGUUAAGGAGCGAGCAAAUAUCCGAAAUGGAUGUUGGUUCAGUUUUAGGCGCACA